AUGUUCCGCAGCGCCCUCGUCGCCAUUUGCAGCAGCGGCAGCAGCAGCUCAGGCGCUUCCAGGAAAGCUCUGCUCCGGCGCCCCGCGUGGACCUUCUCUCUCUGGCCUUUCGCGGUCCAGCCUUCCCCGCCCGCCCCGCCUCCGAGCAGGCGGGCCCGUCGCGGGUCGGCGUCACUCUCCUGCGCAGCUUCCCUGGCUUUGCAUGCGCCCAAGCCUCCGCUGAAGGAAGCGCCUUUGCGCCCGCUGGUCACCAGCAUGGGGCGGCUCAGCCGAGCCCUUCUGAGGGAGGUUAGUGCGCAGCCAAAGCAGCUCUUUCCCCCCAGCCUUAUGGGGCGGCGUUUCCGCGGGGCGGGGGGCGGCUUAGGAGGUGCCCCGUGCACCUCUGAAUACAGUAUUUGGCUGCAGGGAGGUGGGUCCAGUGACAAAAACUUCCCUUAUCUCGAUAAUAAAUCUUCAGUACAAAAGAAGGAAGCUCUUCAGCCCUUCUUGGAUGAAAUACUUGGUGGUUAUUAUUGCUAUUAUCAAACUUUACAUAAUGGCAAAUUUAAAAAUCUACAGCCCUGUGUCCAUCUUGCAUAUCUUUGCACCAAAUUGUCAUAGACAGUUUCCUUUGGGACUUCACUGUUUACGGGGUUUUUUUAUUUGUGCAUGUCUUAGGAUGGGACUAUUCAGAUCGGUUCUGUCUUAAUUAUCAGUGACACUAAGGACAGGAAGCAGGUUUAGACACCAUCCCUCUAUUUCAGGGAUCUGGAACUUUUUGCCCUCCAGAACUUGUUGAACUACAACUCCAAUCAGCCCUAGCAUGCAUGGCCAAUGCCCAGGGGUGAUGGGAGUUGUAGUUCAGCAACAUCUGGAGAGCCAGAGAUUUCCCUGCACCUGCUGUAAAAGGUAAAGGUAAAGGACCCCUGACAGUUAAGUCCAGUCAUAGACAACUCUGGGGUUGCGGCACUCAUCUCACUUUACAGGCCGAGGAAGCCAGCGUUUGUCCACAGGCAGUUUUUCUGGGUCAUGUGGCCAGCAUGACUAAGUCGCUUCUGGCUCAACGGAACACCAAAACCAGAGCAGUGCAUGAAAACGCCGUUUACCUUCCCGACGGAGCGGUACCUAUUUAUCUACUUGCACUUUUUGGCGUGCUUUCGAACUGCUAGGUUGGCAGGAGCUGGGACUGAGCAACGGAAGCUCACCCCAUCGCGGGGAUUCGAACCGCCGACCUUCUGAUCGGCAAGGCCAAGAGGCUCAUUGGUUUAGACCACAGCGCCACCUGCGUCCCUGCAUCUGCUGUACUUGUUCUUAUAUAACCUCAUGGUUGUCAUUUAUCACUAUGGGGAAAGUAAAGUACUGCAUUUUGGUCUCAUUCAUAGUAGCCUCACAGGGGGUUGCAUCCCCUACUUUUCAUAAUGAUUAACAGAUUGCUAGUAAAUAUGAAAUGGCAGUGUUUUAAUACUUUAUUUAUUUUUUUGCAGUAUGGCAGGUUUAUGGAUGACCUUAGGAUCUACGUGAAAGGAGGAACUGGCGGAAUGGGCCAUCCUCGAUUAGGUGGGGAAGGUGGGAAAGGCGGUGACGUCUGGUUGGUAGCUCAAAAGAAAAUGACAUUGAAGAGACUUAAAGAUCGAUUUCCAAGCAAACGGUUUGUAGCAGGAGCAGGAGCCAACAGUAGGUGAGUAUGUUUCAUUGAUUGAGAAUUUGUGUGGUCCAGUUUACAGCAAUCUUGUAAUAUAUAUAUAUUUUUUGCUCUCCACAAGUCUUGCUACGCUGAAAGGUACUAAGGGAAAAGAUUGUGAAGUGAAAGUGCCUCAAGGAAUAUCUGUCACAAGGGAUGAUGGGAAAGUGAUUGGUAAGGAUGUUUUGGUUUUCACUUUUUGUUACUGUAAAGGAUCAGAAGUAUAUAUAUAUAUAUAUUUAUUAAAUCUGCAUUAGCAUACAGCCAUAGCAAAAUAAGACAAUACAAAAAUGUUGGGGACAAGCAACCAAGCAAAAUUCAAAGCGAUAUUGCUGGCGUAAUGACAUUUAAAACACCCUAAGACAAUAAUACAAAGAUUUGGUUGCCAGCACCAAAAAACUAGUAUGCGGAUAUAAAUAAAGCAUAAAAUGGCCCCAAAAUAGGCUCAGCACAUUGAGUUAAAAAGGUAAUAAAAGAAUUAAACAGGUCCAGGACUAGGGCACACUACCCUGUCAGAGUAGCCCUGAGUUUCAGAGCCUGCACUAUGAAGAUUGCCACCCCACGUGAAAUUUGGGGAUUUGCGUCCACAAGAAGUGCUUUCAGACAGUCUUCCUUAGAUGAAAUGGAGGACGGGAUCAAGAGGAGGAGCUUAGGUCUUAUUGGGUCAUAAAUAGGGCAGUAGAAAAAGAAAUGUAUGAAGUCCUCUACUUCAUUCAUUGUGCAUGGACAUAGACGCUGAGUAAUAGGGGUCUUAGAGUAGGUCCCCUGCAAGAAGGCCGUGGGUAUAGAAUGAAAACGGGCCAUUGUAAACGCUCUUCUCAAGUUGGGCUCCGUCAGGUCUAUCAAGUAGUUGGCAAGUGAUCUUACCACUUUCACUUUAGGGAGCCACAUGGAGAGGCGAGCUGAGGUGGACUGUGCCCGGUCCAUGGCCUCAUCUCUUAUAAGAAUCCAGUCCCGGAUUUUAUGUUGGUCCCAAGAUGACAACGUGUCGAAUUCUGGGAGGGAGUAGCGUACAGUAAUAGUCUCCAUGGCCUUGGACCAUUUGUUGGAGUGAGAACAAGUUAAAAGGCUUGCCUGGCUAGUAGGGAACCUGGGGCAUUGAUUAAUUUGCAAUAAAAACUAAUAAUUCUAAUAUGGGCUCUCGCAACAAUGGAGGGAGGCCCAGUUCUGUUCUUAACUGAGCAGCAACCGAGCCCUUGGGGAGACCCAGUAUCUUUCGUACAAAAGAGUUUUGUAGAAUCUCCAGCCGUUGAAGUGUUUUUAAAUUCCACCCCCAGAUUUCAACCCCAUACAGUAACAUCGGGAGGACUUUGCUAAUAAAUGCUUUUCUGAUUGGUGGAACCAACUGGCCGCCUUUGGAGAGAAGAAUUUCUCCAAGGCUUUGAUGGUUCUACGGGCAGCCAGGAUGGUCAUAUUUAGGUGGGCUGACCAACUAAGCCCAUGCUGAAAAGUGAUUCCCAAAUACUUGAAAGCUGAGCAAUAUUCAAUAGAGUGGCCCUCAAAGUUCCAGAAUGACUUCCGAGUUUUCGUGCCAAAAGUAAGAAUUUUGGUUUUGGCGAAAUUGAUUUUGAGGGAUUGGUAUCACAAUAUGUCAUGAGCCCUCUGAGCAUGUUGUUUAAGCCCUGCUUGGUUAAAGACAGUAUCACCAUGUCGUCCGCAUAGAGUAAUAUGGGGAUCUUGAGCUGUUGUAGAGAGGGGCAGAUUGAUUUAGGGCCUGCAUAGUUGUAACGAUGUCGUUGAUAUAGAAAUUGAAUAGAAAAGGGGCCAAGAGGCAGCCCUGUUUGACCCCUUUAUUCAGAGGGAAAGAAUCAGAAAGAGCUCCCAGGGGGCCGAAUUUUACUCUGGCCGAUAUGUCAUUGUGAAUUUCCAUAAGAAGAAGGAGGAUCAGAAAACAUAUCAACUGUGCAUCUGGCAAGGAUUUAGUACAAUAGGCCCUCAUACGGGAAAGUUCUCACAUUAUUUUCAACAUUAUAGGUGAGAUUCUUUUACAUGAACCUCCCUUCCAACACACCCAAAAUAUAUUGAAGACUGUACCUCAGAUGUAUUAUUAUCUGAGAGAACAAAUCAUGGCUUACAUUGCAGUCCUAACCUUGUCUACUUGGAAUAAAAUAUCAUUGAAUUCAAAUUGGUUUACUCCCAGGUAGUUGGGAAUAAGCUGCAAUUGAGUUUAAUUGGACUUACUUCUGAAGAGACAUGGUUAGGAUUGCACUGUUAGUUGCUGUUUACUUUCUACUGAGUCUGUGCAACAGCACAAACCUAUAAUUUGGCUCACACUUCAAUAAACAUUUGGCUGGCAUGUGCAGGUGCUAAAGGCAUAGAUGCACUGGUAGACAUCCAGGAACAGUUAAUUGAUAACUCUCAGAAGCAGCUUAAUAGAUUUUGAUUAAGGUAGUAUAUUUGCUUUGAUUUAUGUGUGUUCACUUACAGAACUCUGUAAUUUUUUUGGAAGUAAAAAGUGAAGGUAGCGUAGCCAUGUUGAUCAUAAAAAAGUCCAUAGCUGGGUGAGACCUUUUUCAGGACUCACCACAAAGUCUCAAAAACAUUUGCCACAUUUUGUGACCAUUUAACCUGGAGGUAGGCUCCACUGUGUCCAGUGGUGCUUUGUCUCAGAUGAGUGCUAAAAUGUAAAUGGCAAGUUGAAAGAAAUGUCUGUGUCAUUGGGAACAAAUAGAACAUUUGCAAAAAGCGCUUCUGUAUCUUUAUUUUUAGGUGAACUUGACAGAGCAGAAGACAGAUUGUUGGUGGCACGAGGAGGUGUUGGUGGAUGCAUGGCGACAAAUUUCUUGCCCUCCAGAGGUCAAAGGCUCAUGAUUCACCUUGAUCUCAAACUUAUAGCAGAUGUUGGCUUAGUUGGGUAAGUCUUUGAUCUUGAAAAUUGCACUCUGGAGUCAUGCUCAUAUUUAUAUAUUGAAGUGAAUGCCCUUGUACUAGCAAUAUCCAUGUCUGUACUAUAUCCACAUUAAGACAUAUUUAAGUUUAGGGAAUGUUAUUCAUACAGUCAGUUAUCCUGCCUCCAGAUUAUCCUACUGUUACUUUAUUGUCAUAAGGCAUCAGUGCUAUUUUUCUAGAAAAAGAAGUACCAGAACUCACCAUGAACACCUCCGCCAUUCUCUUAGAAUGGCAAUGGCAGAAGAAACUGAGAGCAAAACCAAAGUCACAGGAGAUUCUGAAAGAGAUAAAGUUAUACCAGGUACAAUAUGCGAAGCUGAUGAAUCAGGAAAUAGAAUGGAAGAUUAAACAGAUGAGGCAAAAGACAUUUGAAUCAGCAAAUAAAUGUGGGAAAUUGUUGGCCUGGCAAAUGAAAAAAGGACAAAAACUCAAUACUAUCACGAAUUUGGAAGUGGAAGGAAAAAAUAUACAGAACCCAGUGGAGAUUAGGAAGUGUUUCCAGAGGUAUUUCAAACAACUCUAUACACAGGAGAAGCAGAAAGAAAUGGACAUUGAUCGAUUCUUGAAAAUAAAUGGACUACAUAAAAUCUCACAGGAAAAACAACUAAUGUUGAACUACAAAAUAACGGACCAGGAGGUGGAAGGGGCUAUCCAGAACAUGCAGUUAGGUAAAUCUCCAGGACCAGAUGGUUUGACUUCAAGAUAUUACAGAUCUUUGAAAGAUUGGUUAAUACAACCAUUGAAGGAAGUCUGUAAUGAAAUAUUGGAAGGAAGGAAGGCACCAGAGUUGUGGAAGGAAGCUUACAUUACACUUAUACCGAAAACAGAGACUGAAAAGACAGCUCAAAAACUACCGCCCCAUAUCAUUGCUAAAUGUGGAUUAUAAAAUUUUUGCAGACAUUUUGGCCAAAAGAUUAAAAAAGGUGUUAGUAGAAGAAAUUCAUAAAGAUCAAGCGGGCUUUCUCCCGGGCAGACAUUUGUCUGACAAUAUGAGGAAUAUAAUUAAUAUUUUAGAAAAACUUCAAGUGAAUAUUAAUACCAAGGCUGUCUUGAUAUUUGUGGACGCGGAGAAAGCCUUUGACAACAUUUCUUGGAGUUUUAUGAAGAAGAAACUACAGGGGAUGGGGGUAAGCCAAGGUUUUGAAAAUGGUAUAGGUGCAAUUUAUUCAGAACAAAAGGCAAAAUUAAUUGUGAAUAAUGUAGUGACAGAAGAGUUUAAGAUUGAGAAAGGGACACGACAAGGUUGCCCAAUUUCUCCACUGCUUUUUAUAUCGGUCCUUGAUGUGUUGUUAAACAUGAUAAGAAAGGACCAAGAGGUCAAAGGUAUACAAGUGGGAGUUAAACAGUAUAAACUGAAAGCAUUUGCUGAUGAUUUAGUAUUGACCCUACAGGAACCAGAAUCUAGUACAAAAAGGGUAUUGGAACUGAUUCAAGAAUUUGGGCAAGUAGCAGUUUUUAAGCUGAAUAAGAUGAGAACUAAGGUUUUAGAGAAAAAAAUUAACUGUAAAUGAGAGAGAGAAAUUUCAGGAAGAGACAGGACUAAGAUUGGUUAAGAAAGUGAAAUAUUUAGGGGUUAAUAUGACUGCUAAAAAUGUAAAUCUAUUUAAGGAUAAUUAUGAAAAAUGUUGGAUUGAAGUGAAAAAGGACUUAGAAAUAUGGUCAAAUCUGAAGUUAUCAUUGUUAGGCCGAAUUGCUGUGAUAAAAAUGAAUGUGCUGCCAAGGAUGUUGUUCUUGUUUCAAACAUUACAAAUUUUGGAUAAGAUGGAUUGUUUCAAGAAGUGGCAGAAAGAUAUUUCCAGAUUUGUUUGGCAGGGCAAGAAGCCUCGAAUAAAAUUUAAGAUAUUAACUGAUGCUAAAGAAAGAGGUGGAUUUGCCCUGCCAGACCUAAAACUCUAUUAUGAAUCAGCUGCUUUUUGUUGGCUGAGAGAAUGGCUGCUACUUGAAAACACUGAUGUGUUGGACCUAGAAGGUUUUAAUAAUGUAUUUGGUUGGCAUGCAUAUUUGUGGUACGAUAAGGUAAAAGCACAUAAAGCGUUUAAAAAUCAUAUUGUCAGAAAAGCAUUGUUUAAUGUAUGGAUAAGAUAUAAAGAUUUGUUAGAAAAGAAAACCCCAAGAUGGUUGUCACCAAUGGAAGCGAAGGCACAGAAAAAACUCAAUAUGGAGGCCAAAUGGCCGAAAUAUUGGGAAAUUCUGGAACAAGAGGAGACAGACAAAAAUUGCAGAGCUUUGAAAAAUUGAAAAAUAAAGUGCGAGAUUGGCUCCAUUAUUAUCAAAUAAUGGAGGCAUAUAAUUUGGACAAAAAAGUUGGUUUCCAGGUGGAAAAAUCAAAAUUGGAAACAGAAUUGCUAGAUUCCAAAAUUAAGAAUUUGUCAAAAAUGUAUAACUUGCUGUUGAAAUGGAACACUCAGGAUGAAACGGUGAAAUCAGCUAUGAUUAAAUGGGCACAAGAUGUUGGAUAUAAUAUAAUGAUGGCUGACUGGGAACAGUUAUGGACCACAGGUAUGAAAUUUACGGCAUGUAAUGCCCUAAGAAAAACUUAAUGAAAAUGAUUUAUAGGUGGUACAUGACACCAGUCAAGCUUGCAAAAAUUUACCAUUUGCCUGAAAAUAAAUGUUGGAAAUGUAAUGAGACUGAAGGCACAUUCUUUCACCUUUGGUGGACAUGCCCAAGGAUUAAGACAUUCUGGGAGAUGAUUUAUAAUGAAAUGAAAAAGGUAUUUAAAUAUACCUUCUUGAAGAAACCAGAGGCCUUUCUCCUGGGCAUGGUCGGCCAAUUGGUGCCAAAGAAGGAUAGAACGUUUUUUAUGUACGCAACAACAGCAGCAAGAAUACUCAUCGCGAAGUAUUGGAAGACACAAGAUUUGCCCACCCGGGAAGAAUGGCAGAUGAAGUUGAUGGACUACAUGGAACUGGCGGAAAUGACUGGCAGAAUCCGAGACCAGGGAGAGGAGUUGGUGGAAGAAGAUUGGAAAAAGUUUAAAGACUAUCUACAGAAAUAUUGUAAAAUUAAUGAAUGUUAGAAAAAUGUUGAAAUGAAGUUAUAUGGCUUUAGUAGAAAUAUUAUAAGGAAUUAAGUACAGAUAGGUUAAUAGAGUAUUAAAGGAAAAAAUAAGGUUAGAAUGAGUUAAGAUAAUUAUAGGAUAGAAAACAGAGGAAGAUGGAAAGGAAUUGCUGAAAUAAUUAACAGAAGUGGAAUACAAAAAGGGAGGUGUGAGGAGGUCGUGGAAAUAAGUGAAUGAAAGAUGGGAUAAUGAAAUUGUUUGAUUUAUUUUAGUGUCUUUGUCUUGUUUUGUUAAUUUGAUGUGUUGUAUUGUUUUUCUUUUCUUUUUUUCUUCUUUUUUUAGUGUUUUUGGAAAAUAUAAUAAAUAUUAUUUAAAAAAAAAAUAGAAUGGCAAUGGCACCCACCAGAGAGGUGCCGGAACUGAGUUCCUGUGAGUUCCCCCUGAGAGAGAAAAAAGCCCUGCAGUGCAUGAUGUAACUACAGUUGCAGCUCUUGCCUCACUUCUUUCUGGUUUAAUGUGUGAAGUUGAACUUUUAUUCAGGCUUUGCCCAACAGCAAAUGGAAGCUUUAUAAGGAACUGGUGGGUGCUCAAAACAGUGCCACAUAAAUACUAUUGCCUUUGUGAUAUAUCUGUAUACCUCUCCCACCCACCACCUAAUUCUACUUCAAAUUUCAGGGUGGUUUGUUCUCUCCCCCCCCCCCCUUAUAGAUGAGGUAAGGAAAGAAUAAUUUCAAACACCUUAUUUCACUCAGUUGUUGAGUGAGUCUCUGAAAGCUUGUUCUUUUGAUCUCAGUCUGAGUUUGGUUUUUUUAAUAUUUCAAUAUGUACAUAAGUGCUUUAUCAUUAGAUCACAGACAUGGAAAAAGAUUUGAGAAACAUUAGGCUGAGAUACACUGAAAGUCAGACAGCAUCCCUGUAUACAUUUCAAAGAGAGUACAGCUACUUCUGAUCUAAUAAAAUCAUUCCUGAAGAAGUAUGAUAACUUUUGAAAUGGCUCUUGAGGCAUUGCCAUUACUCCAAUAGUAUCUUGAAAGAGCACCCUCCCCCUAUCUCAUUAGUCCAAUGUAAGGUAUCAAAGUAUUUAUUCUAUUACUGGUUUUUGUUUUCUGGUUAUAAUCAUUAAGAAUGUGAUAGCGGAGCAAUUGUUCUUUCAUAAAUGCAUAUUUGCAAAAUGGUGCUUAAAAGCUUAAACAGUUGCACAAUGUGGAGUGUACUUAUUUUGAGACUUACUUAAAAAUAAAAAGGAACCAGAUUUUUGGAAGGUGGGGGGAGAAUAGCAAAGCAAUUUUUUCUUGCUCCACCCCCCCCCAACCAAUCCUGUCAACUCAGUCUUCCCUGUAAUAUAAGGUGGGUUCUUCCCAUUGUGAGUAUAGAGCAUAUAGUUCUGUUAGGGACUUAUAGGAACAUUGGCUAAAUGCAUAUUUGGGGCACACACUGAUUCGCUUUAAGGGGGGAAAUUAGCAUUUAAAGGCAGCUUUUGUGCUUGGUGCUUUUUCUAGUAUGUAUGGAAUCUAUUCCACCCUCAGAGUAGCCCACUUCUAAGAAGUUUUCUCUUCACUUUAAACAAAAUUCACUUGAGUAAAAUGCAUUUUAAAACUUGAAAGUGGUUUUAUUCUUCUGUCAACUACAUACUGAUAUGAACACUAAAUAGAUUUUUUUUCAUCCCCCACCCCAGGUUUCCAAAUGCAGGAAAAUCCUCUUUGCUAACCAAGAUUUCUCAUGCUACACCUCAGAUAGCAGAUUAUGCCUGUAAGUAAUUUUCCAUGUAUUAGUGUUUGCACCCUGCUCUUAAAUGCAAUGCUUGCAAUAGAAACACUUUGACUCUAGGAGCCAUCUUCCCCCUGUCUCUGACAACAGUCUCUUGCAAUGCCCUGGGGACAGGUGUGUGUGUGUGUAUGUGUGUGAGAGAGAUCUUGAGUAUGGGCAGAGGCUGUCCGUAGAUGAACUGCCCCUCCUGAAUGAGAGCUCAGUCUUUCAGCUACAAAGUUUUCAGAGUAUAAUUGCAGCGAGCUAUGAUACCGUCCCUCAAGUGUUUUCCAGUAUUUAAUAAGAAUUUCUCUGCAUUGAGUUUUCUAUAUAUCUUCUGAUGUGAGCAACUUUAAAUGUUUGGGAAGGACUUCUGCUAUCACUGCCUGUCUAGCAUUCAAGAGAUUGCUUCUGAGAAAGCAAGAGUGUUCCAUCUUUUGACUGAGAGUAAACAAGUGUGUUGGGCAUAUGAGCCAGGGGUAAAAUUCCAAAGUACAUCACAAAGCAGGGCUCAUUUUUCCUUACUUUUCGCAGUUACGACGAUAAAACCUGAACUUGGAACAGUCAAGUAUGCUGAUUUUAAACAGGUUGGUUUCCAAAAGUAAGAUCUGCAUUAAAUGUGUGGUUGUGGAGAAAUCGUAUUUUGGUUACGUUAUGAGACCCCAAUUUUCUUAACUUACAAACUGAAACCAAUACUUCAAGGAGAGCAGGCUGUUGACUUGUUUUCUAAGAAACGGUGGUAUCCUGAGAUAGCUCUGGCAUCUGUGCUCCUUCAGUUUCAAUAUAUUUCCUUCAGAUGGCUGUGUCUGUCUUAAGCAAUAUCUGUAUCCAGAUAAACAACCCUUUCGAGCCACAUUUACCUAAUUUUUAGGACAUUGAGAGAGGCCGGACACCAAGUGUGACCCAUUAGACCACUCUGUGCUUUACAAUACUAAAUACUGUAACAUGAUGCAUUACCUAAAAUAAUGCUCCAUGCGGCAUUAUUUAUUGCUGUUCAGCAGCUGAGAGUGAUCUACUGUAGAGUACUAAACAUAAGCCUGUUAAAAUAAUUUUAAAAAUUGCCUGUGUUUGUUCAGAAAGAUUAUUUUUUCCAAAUAUGAGGUCCGUUAUCCAUGCUACUAAGUUUUGAUGAAGAAUUAAGGACUAUGUUCAUUCAUGAGUCUUCCAAACUUUUGAUUGCACACAACCUAAUUUUGACUUUGAUGUGUAGAACUCUAGCUGGCACAUGAGAGCAAUCAAAGACAUAAGAUGAAAGCAUUUUAUCAUUUUGGAGUUCACAGAUGCAAAAUGAGUAAAAUUGCUUUUUCUCCUUCCUGGAACCAGGGUGUAGAGGGCUUGUCUGACGAUGCUUUAAUCUUUCUCUAAAUAAAGUGUAUUACAUGGAUAAGAAUCGCAGCAUUACUGCUAAAGAUUAUAUUUUCCCCCUGUACUUUAAAAGAACUUCAAAAUAACAUUAAGCAUCUGUACAAGACUCUUAAAAAUUGCUUGGAGAUUUGUUUGUUUUUUUACAAUCAAGCAGUGUAUAAAUUUUAUGAAACGAAUAUAUAAACAAGCAUUGUAGUUCCUAGCUGUCCUUUUUUACCAUAGCAGGCGUAAAAUUAGAAUUGAUGGGAAAUAAUUUUGAUCCUUAUCCCCCACCACCCAAAAUGUAAUAUAUGUUAAGUUUUGAGUCUUGCAAAUUAGUUGAUAAUUGCUUGAUUCUUCAAAGUGUGGGAAACUCUUCAGUUCUCAGAAUACAGCAUGCAAAAAUAUUCCCUUGACUUCUGAAUAUAUUAGAAGAUCAAGCGUGGUGUUUUCUAUUGUAAGGUUACCAGAUGUCCCUGUUUCCCGGGGACAGUCCCCGGAUUUGCAAAUCAGUCCCCAUACAGAAUCUAUUGAAGAUGAAAAGUGUCCCCGGAUUCAUUGAAAAAAAAUCUGGUAACCUUAUUAAGCACCCAAAUGAGCAUGCUAUGUUUAUACAAGUAACGGUUCAAGCCCGAAGCAUAGUUUGGUUACUAAUGAAUUGCAUGCUUGCAUGUUCCCUCUUCUCCUGUAUGGGUCUUCCCUCUCUCUAUUUAACCAUAACCAAAAUAGGAUGUGUUGUCUCAAUUGGUAAACUAUGCAGUAGUGGCCUGUGCAGAGCCGUCCCCCAGUUCUGACGUCACUGCAACUUACCUGGAUGGGACUUGUGGGUGGCGUUGGAGGCAGAGCUGCAGUGAAGUCAGGGUUACCACCCCCUGCCCUGUUCCAGCCCUUUCCAGGUAAGCUGCAGAGAUUGCAGGGUCAGGAUGAUGGCUGUGCACCACCACAUGGGCUACUGCUGAAACUAUGGCUAGAGUUUUCCCUCACAACCAGAAUCAGAAAAUAUGUGUGGAAGUGGCAAACUAUGGGUGGCGCUAAACAGGAGAAGGAAAAGCUGCACACAAGAGGAGAGAGGGAACAUGCAUGCCAUGCAUCAUUCACAGCCUUCCAAAACAUACCUUUCAGUGUGCGAGGAGAAGCUUACUUUUAAAUCAGAUAAUUCUAAUGGAAACUUAGUGUUAAGGUUGGAGAAAACAUUUUCAAAGGGGAAAAUUUUGAUCCUGCAGCAAGAAUACAAAACUCACUUGCUGUGGUCACGUUAGUCUGUUUUUUUCUGGGUGGGGUCAAGAAUUAAUUGACUUGCCAUUACUAGUUCCUGCAAAACUGUGGGUCAUUCCCAACCUUACAUUUAUGUGACUGAUUAGAACUUGUAUCCUGCUCAUGACUGCAAUACUUCAUUUUGUCGUCGUCCCCACCCAGAAAAGAAAGGCUAGUUGAAGACUUAUGAAGGGGGGAGUUCUGCUCCAUAAUGUAGCUUGGGACUAGAUAUAUGAGGGAGUCUUCAGGUAGUUUUUUCAAUGGUUCAGCCAGAUAACGUGCCACUUUCAGUCUCUUCUAGUAGUUAAGGCUUUUUGCCUAAUUCAAGGCAUUGGUCUCUAAUGGAGAGGCUGUAACCAUUUUUUAAAAAUCGAUGUGACCCAAAUGAUGAUGGGAUCUUUUGUGAAAGUCUAAUCUUUCUUUCCCUCCUAGAUCACAGUUGCUGAUCUUCCAGGACUGAUUGAAGGUGCACAUGCAAAUAAAGGAAGAGGACACAAGUUUCUAAAGCAUGUGGAAAGAACCAAACAGCUCCUCUUUGUUGUAAGAACAUGGUGUAGCUUAGCUUUUUAUUUGACAUCUUUAAAGUCUGCUUUUAAUUUAGGCUUUGUUUUGCCGAAGAAGUAACCUGGGGGUGCCUGUUCAUUACAUCAUGCCAUAGCUUUGCUAAUAUUAUAAAUGAAAAUUUAACAUAUAACAUGGAUAGCUGCAUAGCUCAGUUGGUUAGUGUGUGGUGCUGACAUCACCAAGGUUGCAGGUUCAGUUCCCGUAAGGGACAGCUGCAUAGUCCUGCCUGGACACAAGUCUGGGAAGUGUGUGUGGAGGUCCUUGGGUGUCCAGAUGACAAGACCCCACCUCUCUCAGCCUUGCUGGUGUGUUCCAAAGGAAAACAUAGCAAUAUGUUUGGCACCAGCUUGACUGUGGGUGUUGCCAGAAGGAAGCACACAAGAUGCCACCUAAAUGUCUUAAGGACUCCACUCCUAAUUUGUGUAGGGUUUAUUCCUUAGCCUUUUCUUCUCCCGAAGAUAUCCUGCAAGGCAGCGGAGGAGAGACAGUAACAGAACACUUAAAACUAAGCAAACAGAUUGUUUCUGUGAAUUGGAAACUGUUCAGAUAUAGCAGAAAGGAUGCUAUUUUGGGGGCAGAAAUGUUUUGUGUAUAACAGCCACCUCACUGCCAUCACUCCCACGCUGCCUGUCAUCUUCAUGGUCUCUUGGAAAGUGAAGGAUAAUCAUGUGAGAAAGCAUUUGAUUGUCUGAUUAAAAAAAAAUGUCAAUCUUUCAGGUUGAUGUAGCUGGGUUUCAGCUUUCUCCUACAAGCCCAUUCAGAACAGCCUUUGAAACUGUAAUACUACUUGCAAAGGUAAGUGUACUGAUUCUUUUAUAUACCGGCAUGAUUUGUGCAUAUUGCAACACGCAUGUUCUGACAUGAGAGACCUAAUUAAGAUUUUAUUUGAAAUGUUUACUUGAAUGGCACACCUAUUAAAGCUACAAACUUGCUAACUGUAUCCAAGAUGUUUGAGAUUUGGAAGUUUCCCAUUACUUCUAGGGAGAGCUGCUAACAUAGUGUUUGUCACUUUGUUUUUCACUAACUCCAUUUUCAUCUGUAUGGUGGAAAUUUCUCCGGUUCAGAAGGCAGUGAGAAGUCAAGCAGUUUAGUCUUCAAGAUUGCUUCCUGUUGUCAAAUAGAAAACACGUAGCUAACAAAAUUUGUGAUGCAGAUUAACAGUUGUGAAUUCCAAUUGUACUGUCUCUUAGGAAUUUAUACCUGAGAGGCUCAUGUGCUCCCAAGUGUAUGCUGUCACAUUUAUAUUGGCUUCAUGUGCUUAUUCCGCAUGAGAAUAUUCACUGGACAGCUAUGGUUUGAUUUAUUAUAUUUCUAUGCUGCUUUUCAUUCAAAGGAAUCCCAAAGCGGCUUAGAAACAACGUAUAAUAACGUGAUAGAACUUAAUAAAACAUCACAAAUACAACAUAAAUAAUGCAAAAUAAUUAACAAAUAAUCAGUGAAACAAUUACAACCUAUAAAGCUCCGUUAACAAAACAACUAAAAAAAAGUUAAACAUCUAAAUCAAAGCAAGUUAUAUGAUUAAUAACUCACUGCAGCAUUUAUAAUCUAGAAAACAAUAUUAACAACAUCAACAAAAUAGCAGUCAAAAAUAAACUAAGCACUGUUAAGUUCAUACACACACUCCACACACCCAUGACUCAUAAUUUUUUCACUCUAUUCAGGUCAUUAAAACUACGUGUACACAUAAUGCCCAUGGCAACAACUCCCUUCUGAAGGUUCCUCAGUGGCUCCCGCCUUGUGGAACACCCUCCCAUUAGAUGUCAAAGAGAUAAACAACUAUCUGACGUUUAGAAGACAGGCAGCCCUGUUUAGGGAAGUUUUUAAUGACUGAUGUUUUAAUGUAUUUUUAAUCUUUGUUGGAAGCUGCCCAAAGUGGCUGGGGAAACCCAGCCUGAUGGGCGGGGUAUGUAUGUAUGUAUGCAUGUAUGUAUAAAUUAUUAUUAUUAUUAUUAUUAUUAUUUAUUAUUAUUAUUAUUCCUCGGGCUGGAGGUAGGGCAGCACAGAUGAAACCAACUACCCCCUGAUGGCAAGCAGAGUCUUUCUCCUCUCACAGUUCUUCCUCUGGAAACAGCUCCAUUAUGAAGGCAUCUAGGACUGGAGCAUGGGGCAAGACAGGAGGGAGAAGCCAGUCAUGUGAUGCAGUCAUGUUUUCUAUUUAAAUGGUGGUUGUGUAUUAUUAUUGUGUACACAUGGUAGACAGUAGUAAUCAGUAAUGUGUGACAGGUUAAACGUACCUUCAUGCUCCCCUUGAUUUUGCCUCUGGGCCUGCUCACACCUGUCAUGUGGUCUUGAGAGGUUGUUUAAAAGGGAAUGUGGCCCUCCCUGCUCUGGUUUGCAUAUGUAUUCUGUAGUAAUUAAGAGUUAAAUGAAAAGGCUUGUAUAAAGCCAAAUACUUUCAACGACAAUAUUUUACAAAUGGAAAUGACUUAUGUCGCAGGAGCUGGAACUAUAUAAAGAAGAACUUCGAACUAAAUCUUCACUUCUGGCUGUUAAUAAAAUGGAUUUGCCUAAUGCGCGAGAAAAAUUGAAUGAGUUAAUGGAACAACUGCGGAGUCCUCAAGGUGAGAUACUUACUGUACAGCUCCUUUUUUAAGAUAACAUAUUCGCAUAUCUUUGAUAUACAGCAAGUAGUGAGUUUUCAUUACUGCAAAAGAAGAAACAUUUUUUAGUAUAUUGAUUGUAUUUUAAAGUAAAAUACCGUAUAACCAAACUAUGUUGUCUUUCAUACUAACCUAGAACUGUAAUGAUGCUAAAAUGCUAGUGUCAUAGAAUUGUAAAGGAACUGUGAGAGUCAAUCUAGUCCAGCCCCCUGCAAUGCAGGAAUAUUUCACCCAACGUGGGGCUUGACCCCAUAACCCUGAGGUUAAGAGACUCAUGCUCUACCAACUGGGCUAUCCAGCAGAUAAGAGCCUUAGAAGAAGAAUGGAAUGCAAGCCAGUCAUCUCUUCUGUAAGUAAAUGCAGUUAGGAAGUCUUCUGGGCCAACAGCCACAUCUAUUGUUGUCUCCUAACAUCUUGGCAGUCCAAAAACCAAUUACCCUGACUUCCUUGGAAUGGAAUAUCUUCAAACAACUCUGCUACUGCUGUUACAUCAGGCAUCUAUUUAACUGAAAUCCAUCCAUAGCAAAUUUUAUACUGGCUUUAUACUAUGUGUAGUAACUCUAAUUAUAUAUAUAUAUUUCAGAUUAUAUGCACACUCUUCCAAAAAAUAUGAUUCCAGAAGUCAUUGUCAACUUCAAAGAGAUCAUCCCUAUAUCUGCACACUCUGGUGAAGGAAUUGAAGAACUGAUCAUGUGUUUAAGAAAAGUACUAGAUGAAGAAUCUGAGAAGAAGAUUGAAGAUCAUCAGAACCAGCAGCUUCGUGCAAUGAGGAGCUCAGAAAUAUAGCAAUUUCUUAACACACACAAACUAUUAUAUAAUAUUAAGACAUGAAUCUUUGCAGGCCUCUGAACACAACUGAGUUUGUGGCAAGCCUGUAUUUACACACACUUUCAGGUCAACCAUUUGAAAAAGAAAAGAGAGUAUGUUAUUUUCCAGUUUCUGUAAAAUACAGAAAAGUGUAUCAUGAUCUUUUACAACAAGUCUUCAAGUUGCACAACCCUCUUAAUUAAGUUGUAGAAUAUAUUUCAAAGGAUGUAAAUAAACAUGUAAUUUUAUAU